AUGACCUCUCCAUCCAACCUCCCAGCCAUGACCUCUCCAUCCAACCUCCCAGCCAUGACCUCUCCAUCCAACCUCCCAGCCAUGACCUCUCCAUCCAACCUCCCACCCCUGCCCCUGCCCUCGGGCGUAACUGAGAACUACCUCCACUGUCCGUCAAACGGCCUCAACUUCCACAUCCUCGAGGCUGGAUACACACCCGCACGCGACAAACCCCUGAUCAUCCUGACCCAUGGAUUCCCCGAGCUCGCCUUCUCGUGGAGGAAAAUCAUGGCCCCGCUGGCCGAGGCAGGCUACUACGUCGUUGCCUUUGACCAACGCGGAUACGGCCGCACCACGGGCUGGGACACUUCGCCUUUCGACAAAACCGACAUGUCGCACUUCACACUGACCACCAUCGUCCGUGAUGUAGUCGCACUGGUUCACGCCCUGGGGUACCGCCAAGUGCAGUGCAUCACUGGGCACGACUUCGGCGCCGUCACAGCAAGCUUGAGUGCUCUCAUCCGCCCAGAUCUUUUCAGAAGCUGCAUCAUGAUGAGCCAUCCCUUCAAGGCACCGGCAGCCCUGCCUUUUAAUCUCCGUGGUGGAGAGGAGCCACCAGCAGCGCCUGUCGACAUCCAGGCGGAGCUCGCCAAGCUACCAGAGCCGAGGAAGCACUACAAGUGGUACAACAGCACCAGCGAGGCCGCGCCUCAGUGGAACAACCCACCCCAAGGCAUGCACGCGUAUCUGCGAGGGUACCUGCACGUAAAGUCCGCCGACGGGAGCAACAACAGUCCUGCACCGCUGAACGAGUGGUCCGCAGAAGAGUUGGCCAAGAUGCCGCACUACUACAUCAUGCCGCUCAACAAGUCCAUGCCAGACACCAUCGCCGACAUGAUGAAGACCGAAGACGCAUCCGCAACGAAGCGCUGGAUCUCCGACGCCGACCUCGACGUCUACGUGCAGGAGUGGUCGAGGACUGGCUUCCAGGGCGGACUGAACUUCUACCGCACCACCACCGACCCAGCCAAGCAGAAAGACGUCGAGCUUUUCGCCGGCAAGAAGAUAGAGUGCCCCAGUACCUUCAUCUCUGGGAAGCACGACUGGGGCAACUAUCAGCAGCCCGGCGCCGUGGAGGCCUAUCCAAACUCAUGUUCCGACUUCCGCGGCACCCGCUUCAUUGACGGCGCAGGCCAUUGGCCGCAGCAGGAGCAGCCUGAGAAGGUCGUCCAAGAGAUGUUGCGGUUCCUGGGGAGUCUUUGA